ACGGGCUCGGCUCGCCUCUUCUUUUAACAAUGGGCCGGCGGGGCCGCGGCUGCAGCAGCGGACGGGGCUGGUGAAGGCGGGCGCUUCCUCCCCUUCCCGGGGGUUGCGGGACGAUGCCGCGCUUAAGCCAGCCGUCCGGGGAGAGGCUGGAAGAAGCGGUUCUCCCGUCGGGGCGGCUGUGAAAAGCUCCGAAAGUCCUGCAGGCUCUCCGGCUCUGAUCCCCCCCCCCCUCUCGCCCGGCCGCCCCACCCCGUCCCAUGGAGCUGGAGGGGCAGUGGUGGAAAGGACAGCUGGCUGCAGACAUCCACCAAGCUCUUCGCUACAAGGAGCUGAAGCUGCCCUCUUACAAAGGCCAGUCUCCCCAGCUAAAUCUGAGAAGGUAUUUUGCAGACUUGAUUGCCAUUGUGAGCAACCAGUUCCGCCUCUGUCCCGCUGCCCGACACCUGGCCGUUUACCUGUUGGACCUCUUCAUGGAUCGUUACGACAUCUCCAUUCAACAGCUGCACGUGGUGGCGCUAUCCUGCCUGCUUUUAGCAAGUAAAUUUGAAGACAAGGAAGACAGUGUGCCUAAGCUUGAACAGCUGAACAGCUUGGGGUGCAUGACCAACAUGAGCCUGGUCCUAACCAAGCAGAAUUUGCUGCACAUGGAGCUGCUCUUGCUAGAAACUUUCCAGUGGAACCUCUGCCUGCCCACAGCGGCUCAUUUCAUAGACUACUAUCUCUCGAUCGCCGUUCACGAAUCCGACCUGCAUGACGGAUGGCCAAUGGUUUGCUUGGAGAAGACCAAAUUGUACAUGGCCAAAUAUGCCGACUACUUCCUGGAAGUAUCCCUGCAAGAUCAUGCCUUCUUAAAUUAUGCCCCUUCGCUAGUGGCGGCUGCGUGCGUCGCUUCCUCAAGGAUUAUCUUGCGUCUUUCGCCAACGUGGCCAGUGCGUCUCCAUCGCCUGACGGCAUACUCCUGGGAUUUUCUGUUGCCAUGCAUUGAGCGACUAUUGGUGGCCCAUGAUAAUGAUGUCAAAGAAGCCAACAAACAAAAGGGACAGCAUAGCUCUCAACCACCCCGUAACGCUUUAUUUCAAACAACCGGUCAACCCACACCGCAGCACAUACCCCAUUAUAUUCAAGCGCAUCAGACGUCUCUGCCCUAUCUUCAACCAGCAACGCAACAAAACUGCCAGCCAAUUAUGCCAAGCGGUCGUACCUCAGCCUACCCAAUGCAGACUUGCCCUGCUGGUUUACAAGGUGGUGCUCAGGCUCAAAGCCACAUGCAGACAUCGGAAAUGCCGCUAGCCGUCCCUAUAGAGGUGAAGCCAUGUUUAAACGUCUCCUACAAUCGAACCUAUCAGAUUGCUGGAUGUUACCCUUGUAUUACUCCAUGCUUUGAGAGGUGACAUCUGGGUGGCCAGUGUUAAAUCAAUAAUAAAGAGGACAAUUUGGGGUCCUCCUAAAACCUGGGAAGUGGCUGGAAGAGAAACACCAUAUUUUUCUCCCGGUUCUCUCAGUUGCAGAAGCUGCAAAUACAAGAAUGUGCCUGCUUGCAGAAUAAUGGAGGAAGAUGGAAAAAAUAUAUAUUUCUGCCACACUGUAGUUCUACAGGCUGAACUUAAAACAUGUUGAGAGACACCUGUCCUGUCUGCAGGUUUUGUCUUCCUGAAAAGAUGAAAGAUUAUACGUGAUCUUGAUGACGCUUAGCCCUGUGCAGUAUUGAGUAAGAUACCGAACCGUGAAAAUCCACUAAGUGCCGUUGCUUUCCAGAAGAUGGAGAGGUCUUCUUCAUCUUAAUGAGCAGCUCAAUUCUUUUGAGAUGACCCACGGAUGAGAACUUGUGUUUCAGUGGCCUUGGAUUAAUGUUCUUCAAUCUUCUACUUCAAGUAUUCUUGCCUUCGCUGAAGCUAGGUAGAGAUAAAUUAUCAUUACCAACUCAGGGAAUAAUCAAAAGUGACUGUGAUACAGGAUAUAUAUCAUUUAAAGGGUUACCUCGGGUUCUGUUCUCAGGGUAAUUGUAUUAGCAAAUACCAAAGGGAGUCGAGAUGUGGAUCCAAGUACUCCCUUCACCUAAAUGUGCUUUGCAAUGAGACAGGGGAAAAAUAGGCAGGUUGUAUUUAAAUGAAGCCAGUACUAUACCAUAAAAAAUGGAGUUUUGUUUGCAGUUUAUUAUGCAGCCAACUAUUUGUGUCCAAAAGGUUUUGGUGGGUUUUUUUUUUCCCUUCGUUGUAUUGAUUUCUGGCUUCCAGGUACAAUUGAAAUGCUUACAAGAAAUAAAGCCUUAUUUAUGUUGGCCAGAGAGCAGAAUGAGAAAUGGAAGUUUUCGGACUCUUACAGCACAACUGUAUUUCCAUAUUUCUAUUUCUUUGGCCACAUUAGCUGCAAUUCAGGUAUUUUUAUAAUGUGAGCUAAGCAGUCGUAAUAAGGGUGCUACAUAAUGAUCAUCAGAAGUGUCUUUAAGUCCUUAGAUUCUAUCCUUACCCAAACUAGAAUUAUUUGAAUUAAUAGGCAGUAAAGAAUUUUUGAGUUUCUUCUUGCCCAGCAUUUAAGAUUGAGGAGUGACUAAUUUGAUAUACUUUUCUCCAGUGGUCUGCGAUCCAAGUAUUUAGAGAUGACUGAGAAUGGAGGUGAUAAAUGGAUGGAGAACCUGAAGAUAGACAGACCUUCCCUAAUGAAAAAGAGAUCAUCCGAAAUAGUUUUCGUUUAAAGAAAAAUGGCCUUAAAAUGGCUCUCUUUGAGCUGAUCGUGCUAUGAGAAGAUAUUCUUUAAUUUGGAGGAGAAGCUAUCCUCCGUAGUAAUUAUUUUAUGCCAUAAUGUGUUUUGUGUGUGUGUGUGUGUGUCUCCUUAUAAAAAUGAGGAAUUUUGAGGGAAAGAAGUAAAGCUUUCUGAAAACAUUUUAUAUACUGGGGAAAUGCUACUUCCUUCCUAAGCAUAUUUUAUUAUUACUGUAUUUGCAUGUCUGAGGGGGGGGGGAUGGAUUAGGUAACAGAAUUGAGUGUCUGAGGUAUCUUCUUACAUGAUGUCAUUUCUCACAAUUUCACUUUAUGUGGGGAUGAAGGACUGCAAAAUACAUCAGAAAAGGAAUGAUACUGAUCUCAAAUUGCAAUACUGCUCAUACAACUCUCCAUACUUUUAAACUACCUCAAUACUAUGUUGAAUGUACAAUUUUGUGGAGACCCAUGACUUGAAAUAACAAGCACAUUGUUCCUAAAAUUCUUAUGCGUCCUUCAAUGUCAGUCCUCCAUAAAUGAGACAGCAGAGCAGACAUCUGAAAAUUAUCUUUCAGGCCCUUUACACUCAAAACAUUAGUUAAUAAUUAACACUGGAAUUGCGGUGGGAGAGUUAAUUUGUCUAGUCAAACCAGCAAAACUCACCUAAAACAAAUGAUCUUAUUUAAGAUAUUUAAGUAAUUAGACUUCUUGCUAAAAAAAAAUUGAUCCUCUAUAAGUUUCUAGAUUUGUGGCUCACUACUUUUUUAAUUUAUUAUUUAGCCUUUUGAGUUUGUUGUUAUAGAUUAAUAUUGGCAAUAGAAUAUGCACUGUGCGACAUUUCCUAUUUUCUUAUACGUAUUUGACUAACCUCCACUGAAUCGACACACGGCUGAAAAUUGCUACUGCAGGAAUUAAAAUGUGUGUCGUCAAGGAAGAACUACACAUUGGGGAAAAAACGAGUGCCAUGCACUCUUUUAAAGAAUAAAGUUAGUUUUGCGUAA